AAUCAUAUAAUUGUGAUGUAUGAGUUUGAAGUGGGGGGAAACCCUCGUUUAUAUUUAAGAGAAGGGAGCCUGCUCUACGGAUCAGUUGAUCGUGCGAAGACGAGAGUGUUACAGAGAAAACAGAUUCACCGUGCUACCCCAAAUAUGAUUUUUUCGGUUUUCUGCGGCAUCUUAGCCGGCUGCUUGGCCUUCGCGAAUGCUCAUUCGUAUCACAUGGGCGCUUGUCCCAUCGUCGAACCCAUGCAAGGUUUUCAAAUGAGCAGGUUUCUAGGAUCCUGGUACGUUAUCCAAAAAACUUCGACGGCGAGCAAGUGCGUGAGUUACAAUUACACUCGGGGUGAGGAGCCUGGCGAAUUUCUCAUCUCGCAAGUCUCGAACCAUCCAAUUUUGGGCCUGACACCUGUGGAUCACGAGUACCACUACACCGGAGAACUGACCGUACCAGAACCGAGUACACCGGGUCGCAUGCAAGUUCGAUUCCCUCUGAGUGUCGCUGGAAGCGCAUCGCACGUUGUAUUCGCCACGGAUUACGAUAAUUUCGGUGCGAUAUUCACCUGUCAAAAAAUAGCGUUUGCGCAUCGUCAGAGCGCGACAAUACUGUCGCGUCAUCGCGAGCUCGAAAAAUCAAAGGUCGAUUCGAUCAGACGAGCACUGAGUAAUUUUGGAGUCGAUCCGUAUGAGCUCAGCAUCGUGCCACAAACCGGAUGUCAAACCGGCGAUAAUCCCGUCAAUAUAAACAUCGAUCCGAACACAUUCAGCUCCGAGAGCAUCGGUGGCUUCGUGCGCAAAGCCGGCGAAAAAAUUGGCGACGGUGUCGAAUGGGUCGCUAACGCCGGGAGCAAAGUUUAUCACAAAAUCACCGGAACCGAAGAAUCUCCGAAACCGGCAACCCCCAGAACCACCACCACCGCCACCGUUCAACCUCCGAAUUUUUCGAACGUCGCUAAAAUUGAGACCAACGAUGUCGAAUGGAUUCCCUAAAUCUAGCAUGCGCCAACGUCUCUCAAUCAUCCACGAAAUACGUGCCAAUUUUUCGUCCGUUUCUUCCUCGAAUUUAACUCCUUUAGAUAACACGAUUGCAUUCUUUGCGAUUUACAAAAAAUUACUCUACGUCGCAUCACGAAAUUCAGCAGCUUCGUAGUAAAUCAUGUUUUGUUCUACAACAUUUUUCCACAAUCUUCCGAUCAAGCCCAAGAGCGUUGAAACUUUCUAUAAAAAGAGAAGAAUUGCGAACGGGUUAAAUACCUUGAAAUUCUAAUUGACAAGAUUUUUUUUUUAACCAUCCAAACGACUGAACUGUUUUUGCAUGAAAAAAUACUUGACUAAAGAAAAAUUGGAACUUGGAAAUAAAGAUUCACAUUUUUGGAAAAAAA